AUGUUGCCAAGCAAUCUUUACAGUACAUAUCGCCAGUACAAGCACGAUACUGAUGUUGUUGCAUCGUGGCUAGCUCAGACCGGAAAGACACUGGGCUGCGCCGCCGAACUUCUCGCUUCCAACUCGGUUUCUCCCACAAAUGCCCACCUCAAGAGCGCUCGCCUCAAGGGCAAAGCCCGAAAAUCGGCAAAAGCCCAAGCACACGGGCAGGCUGGCAACUCGUCAGACCAGUCACAGGCGAGGCGGAAGUAUGUGUUGGCGCUCAAAAACUUUGUGCCGCUCGCCGAGUUCAUCGGCAGCAAAUUGAACGAGGCAAAGAUCGUUGAGAUUCCAACCGUCGUUCCGACGGCUAUUGAGCGUGCCAUCACGGUGCGAAAGGGCUUCGCACAGCUCCUUCAGGAGCAUGGCCGCGACCUGAAGCUUGAGUCCAACGAGAACCACUCCUAUUUCGUCUCGGUUCUAGAGAAGGUUCGUCAUGUCCUCGAGCCUUUGUUCAAAGACUCUUGGGCCAAGAGGGCCCUUCCCAAGCUGCCCAAGAUAACAGCAACCAGCAACCCGUUUGAUCUUCUCGAGUUCUAUGAUGCACCCGAUUUUGACCUCGGGGGAGACGCCCCAGGAAGCACGGAGCAAGCAGCUAAGAGCAGGGAAGCAGUCGACGAGGGCGUCGUUGUUGAUUAUGAAGCUGAAGACGCUGCGUCCUCUCUCGUCGCCUUUGCUACCCUCUUUCGCGAUGUUCGCGCUCUCCGGGUGCAGGUCAAGAGUCUAUGGGCGGAUUAUGCCGAGGACGAGCUGUCUUUGCCUUCCGUGGCCAUUGCUACAAACACGGCCAUCAAUAUUGCCCGAUUCAUGGAGGAAGAUGCUAUCGAUAGCAUCCGCUUGAACGGGGACAAGAAGACGGCCAAGGAUUGGGCCCUUUUCUACUGCCAAAUGGCUGCCAGCAGCCAAGGCAUCGAUAUGGCCAAGCCCACUCCAGGCCAUAUCAUGAACCUCGACGCCUUUCCCAUGAUGGACGAGUCUAUGACCGUUUCGUUCAUCCUUCUCGAAGCGUGGAUUAACCAGGCAAGGGCAUCGAGCGAGGUGGUGACUUAUAACGGCAAGUUUGGCUGGUAUGAUCUUACGAUCGACUAUGAUUCAGCGCCAGCGGAUGUCAAAUGGCAGCAAGAUAAAGCUGCCUUCUUGGAAGUUGCGCCCCAGUUCGAUCUUAUGGGACGGUUCAACACUACCCCUCCAGAUGCCCUCCCGGAAGGAUUACAUUCAGGUAUGCCUGUUGAGGACGAGCUCUUGCGGGGGCUGCGUCUUCUCCUUACCAACAAGGACAAGGCCAUACCUUUCUGGCUUGGAUUUGCCACAGCUAUUCACCUCGAUAUACGCCGUGUUCUAGGACGGCAGUCUGAGAAGCCGUUUUGGGCCAUGAUGCGCUACAAUAUGGCCAUCGACGACAGUAUAACCCAGAAUUUGGAGUAUUAUGAGGGCUUAACCAUUAAGGGCUGGGAUCAAGUCGACGGCAAGAAGCGACUUAUCAGGCUCCAAAACGAGGCGCGCUGGUUCACCGAGAACCCGCUAUACAAAGUGAUCGAGUCCACAGGACUUCUAACCUCCCGUAACAACAAAGAACACACAUUUCUUAAGAUGCAUCCCCUUUUCUGCGGCCUUUGGAUUCACUACAUCCGCACAACCUACCACCUCCUUGCAGCCCAGUUCGAGCGCUGCUGGGGCGGCAUCCUCUAUACUGGCCAUCUCUAUAACGCCUUGUGUAAUGAGAACCUGAUCAGCGACGCCGCGAAAUGGGAAGAUAUGGAACUUUUCUAUCGUUUGCAAGGCGGUAAAGACAAGUUUUUUGUCGGCGCGGCGCCCACAGAGCGGGAAAACUACCACAAACAGCUUUGCAUGAUGAUGGGCUUUUCGGCAACCAGCUUCAUAGCAAGUACAAGAAACAAGACUCGAAAGCUCGUGCCCACAAAAGCAGGCCCACGCUCUCUCGCGGCUCAAGGUAAGGUAUCCUCCAUGUUCCAUAACCAAUACAGGCCAAGCAUGGAAGGAAUCAAGUUGUCUGUGGACGAUGUGCAAGCGAUUCUCAGCAAGAAAAGUCCAAAUCCACAGAAGACACCUCAGGCCACACCAUCCCAGCUCAUACACCAGCUGGCUCUUGAUAUUGAAGCCGAAAUUCCCGAAACGUCAGUCGAUUAUCUGGCAAUGCACCGACAAUGCUGGGACUUCUUGCGCAGUCUCAAAACCGCCGUGGACCCUUACUUCAACCGUGUUGCCGGGCCGACUUGGAUAGAGAGGGAGCACCAGCUUCCCUUCGUGGUGGGCUACAUAUUUUCCACGGUGCUCGACCCUGUGGGAGGAGAAAGCAAGAUGAUGGAGUUCCUGGUCCUAGCUUCCAAAGUUUACAAAGAAGUGGUUGCACCCUACCGCAACGACGUAACUCUCUUCCUCGAAACCAUCCAGGACUACGACAAAAUGCUUUCUCACCCCGAAGACAGAUUUCUGGGACCUAUGCUAAAUGAGCUGUCGCUUGAAGAACCAGAAGAGGAGGAAUGGGUUGAUUCAGAAUAUGAAGAGAUGAUGGAAUACGAUCGAGAAAUCGACGCCAUGUACCGAGAGAUUGACUCGGAAUGGGACGACGAGUCGGAAGAUAAUACCUCGGCUGAUUUCCGACCCAACAAUCCUCCUCUUGACCCCAGUCUUCGAUCGGGAUUUGGCCCAGGAGAGUCAUUCAGAGACCCCUACACCGAGCCUGGUGAGCCUCCUUGUAUGAGCGUGGAAGCCAUGCAGCGGUGGUGGCGGGUCUCGAGAGCAUUGGAACGGAAUCCCAUGGCGGUCUCGCAGAAUGAUGCGGAGUGGUUUCGACUUGCCCUGAGGAGCGCGGAGUUCCAGAACACAAGGCGAAAAGCUGAACAAGAACGCGAAGCAUAA